CGCACCGGGACCCGUACACAUACAGCACCGAGACCACAAGAGACCGGCAGGCAGGCAGGAGCGGAGCGGCAUGGAGCUGUGAGGGCUGCGGGCCGACAGGGACCUGCUCCCCAAAAACCGCUGACUGAUUUGUUUAUUUACGGCAACUGCGAGCUUUUCCCAACAUGGAGCCUUCAGGCUGCUGGCUGCUGGCCGCACUCCUCAUCCUCCUCUGCCAGCAAGCUGAAGGAUAUGCAUACAGGAAUCAACGCAAGUUCUCAGAAGACAUCGACUGGUCGUACGCAGGAACAUUAAACCAGAACAACUGGGCCAAGAAGUUUCCAUCCUGCAGCAAUGCCAAGCAGUCGCCCAUCAACAUCGAGGAGAGCCUGGCUCAGGUGAAGCUGCAGUACCAGAAGCUGAGGUUUGAGGGCUGGGAGAGCCUGACCACCGACAGGACGACCAUGAAGAACGAUGGCAAGACCGUGGCAGUCAACGUGGAUGGAGAGUUUUACGUCAGCGGAGGCGGCCUCAGGUCAAAGUUCAAGGUCGGACGCAUCACCUUCCACUGGGGGCGCUGCAACGCCUCUUCAGAGGGCUCCGAACACAGUCUGGAUGGAGUCAAAUACCCUCUAGAGAUGCAGAUCUACUGCUACGAGGCUCAUCGCUUCGAUUCUUUAGACAAAACCAUCAAGGCCGGAGGCAGAAUCACAGCGCUCGCCGUGCUGUUUGAGACCAGCGUUGAAGAGAAUGUGAACUACGCCGCCAUCGUAGACGCCAUCAGCAGCGUGAGCAGAUUUGGAAAGAGCGCCGAGGUUUCGCCCUUCGCCCCGCGAGGCCUCCUGCCGAACUCCACGGACAAAUACUUCAUCUACAACGGCUCGCUGACCACGCCGCCCUGCAGCGAGACCGUCGAGUGGAUCGUCUUCAAGAACACGGUGUCCGUCUCCGACGAGCAGCUGGAGAUGUUCUGCGAGGUGAUGACGAUGCAGCAGGCCGGAUACGUGAUGCUGAUGGACUACCUGCAGAACAACUACAGGGAGCAGCAGCAGCAGUUCAUGGGCCAGGUGUUCUCCUCCUACACCGGCACCGAGGAGGUCCUCACACCAGUGUGUAGUUCAGAGCCGGAGAACAUCCAGGCGGCGGCCCACAACCUCAGCAGCCUGCUGGUGACGUGGGAGCGGCCGCGGGCGGUGUACGACGCCAGCAUCGAGAAAUACUCCGUCAGCUACCGACUGGCUGAUGUGGAGAACGCCGCCCCCUCUGUGUACCUGACCGACGGAGACCAGGAUGUGGGGGCGAUACUGGACGACCUGCAAGCCAACACCAGCUACGUGGUCCAGGUGGUGGCGGUCUGCACCAACGGUCUGUACGGACGCGUGAGCGACCUGCUGACGGUCGUCAUGCCCACCGACGACCCCGAAAAAGCAGCAGAUCCAGAUCCAGAUGAAUUCAACACUGACGACAACUAUGAACCUGAUCUUUCUUGGAAUGAACCAGUCCAAACUGAGGAUUAUGAUCUGCCCUGGAUUCCAACAAACUCACCAAGGACCACGACUUCUGGAUCGCCUCUGUUACCUCUACCUGGCAUCAGAAGCACAACAACAGAGUCUGGUUGGAGGGAAAGCACCACCAGUUCGGUUUCCUUGGUCAGAUCCACCCAGGAUGGUCAAGUCCGGAGCCAUUCUGAAAAGACAGCACACCACAGUACCUCCCAGCGGCCACCAGAGGGCACCGUGCCACCAGAAACCAGAGGAAGUGCUGACUUCAGUGGCAACGCUCCCUUUUCCUCCACAUCAGCAACCAAGGAAGUCUUCAGUUCCACUUCCACCGCUCCUUCAUACUCCGAUGCAAGGACAGAUGGUGUUCUCGGAGUCAUCAGUCCGAAAGAUUCCACUGAAAAAACAAAAGGUGGCGUUAGUACCACUGCUCCUACAUUCACCAGUGCAAAGACAAAAGGUGGGAAAAGUAUUUCUUCAUUCAGCACCACCACACCCACAUGGAGGUCUCGUACCGCCGACAUGAGCAGCACGUCAUCGUCCUUCGUCCGGGCAGAGACAGGCCGAGGCCUGGCGCGUCCCUUAAAUGAAGACACCACCACUGAUGGAGGAGUGUCCGCCGGGCCCAGGGGUCUUCCAGAGGUCCAGGCUGAAAGCUCAACCCUCCAGCCUUCCUCCUGGACUGAAGCUGUUCCACGUACGCCCAAAGGUCCCAGCAUGCCCCAUUUUCCAUCAACCACGUCCUCUGUCCGGUUGAGUGGCGUUCUCUUGCAGACCACACAGCCGCUGUCCAAUGCCACAGCGUCUGGUGCCAGGGAUCCCUGGUUCUCGGCAUCAGACGGGACCUCCGCCCUACAAACCUCUGCCCUGCCUUCCUCACCCUCAGCCUCCCCCUUCACCCCCACCCCAGAUGGGCAGGUGUUAGACACCAGCAGCAGUGCCUCUGGCUCAGCCCUGUUCCCUGACUCCCAGGAGGGCGUAGAUCAGGAGUGGGACAGGGUUCAAACCUCGGGCUCUGGAGAGAGCGCGUUCCCUCAUUCACCCAAAGUCCCUAACACGAUCCCCCCGUCUACGACCUCCGAGUCCGGCCAAACCCCCGAUGAUUUGGACGAACGCUCCUCAGCCUUCUAUUUCGAGAGCGAGAGCGGCAGCGCCAUCGCCUCAGAGGUAGGAGACACAGCAACGCCGACCGUUCCUGCGGUAACCUCGGCUUCACCCUGGUCGCUGGGCGGGGAGGAGGAGAGCGGCUCAGGGCAGGGUGAAAGCCCGUACGACAACGAGACGUCCUCCGACUUCAGCAUCUCCGAGCGCGCUGAAAGAGAGUCGGAGGAAGAGGAGCCAGUCGCAGACGCCAGUAACAGCAGCCACGAGUCGAGAGUCGGUUCGAUCAGGGAACGCGAGAGGAAGGCGGUGGUUCCUCUGGCCGUCAUCUCCACCCUCACCGUCCUCGGCCUGAUCGUCCUCAUCGGCAUCCUCGUCUACUGGAGGACAUGUUUUCAGACAGCUCACUUCUAUAUCGACGACAGCUCAUCACCCAGAGUCAUCACUGCACCGUCCACUGCUGCGUUAACAUCUGACAAAGAAGCAGCUCUUCCAGUCAAGGAGUUUGUCAAACAUGUGGCUGAGCUUCACGACUCCCACGGCUUUCAACGAGAGUUCGAGAUACUGAAGGAGAGUUACGAGGAGGUUCAGGCGUGCACGGUGGACAUGGGGAUGACGACCGACAGCUCCAACCAUCCUGACAACAAGACUAAAAACAGAUACAGCAACAUCCUGGCCUACGACCACAGCCGGGUGCGACUCUCACCGCAGGCCGACACCGACGGGAAGACGAGGGAUUACAUCAACGCAAACUACGUGGACGGCUUCAGGAAGCCGCGGUCGUACAUCGCCGCUCAGGGUCCUCUGAGGUCGAGCACCGAGGACUUCUGGAAGAUGGUCUGGGAGCAGAACGUCUGCAUCAUCGUCAUGAUCACCAACCUGGUGGAGAAAGGAAGAAGGAAGUGCGACCAGUACUGGCCGGUGGAGGUGCAGGAGGAGUACGGCAGCUUCCUGGUGACGGUGAAGAGCAGCAGAACGCUCGCCUACUACACCCAGAGGACCUUCACUGUCAGGAACACCCACGCCAAGAAGGGCUCCCAGAAGGGGCGGAGCAACGAGCGGACAGUGAUGCAGUACCAUUACACCCAGUGGCCCGACAUGGGCGUCCCGGAGUUCGCCCUGCCGCUGCUCAGCUUCGUCCGCAAGUCUUCCAGAGCCCGGGCGGACGGCGCGGGGCCGGUGGUGGUUCACUGCAGUGCCGGCGUCGGCCGGACGGGAACGUACAUCGUCCUGGACAGCAUGCUGAAGCAGAUGAGAGACGAGAACAGCGUCAACAUCACGAGCUUCCUGAAACACAUCCGCACGCAGAGGAACUACCUGGUUCAGACAGAGGAACAGUAUGUUUUCAUCCAUGAUGCCUUGGUGGAAGCCAUCCUGUGCGGAGAGACAGAGGUGGCGGCGUCUCACCUGCACAGGUACGUGGACGAGCUACUGAUCCCGGGGCCGGCUGGAAGGACACACCUGGACAAACAGUUCACGCUGGUUUGUCACUCCGGGGUGAAGCAGUGUGACUUCUCUGGAGCUCUGCAGGACUGCAACCGCAGCAAGAACCGAAGCCGCUCUGUGAUUCCCGUCGAGAGGUCGCGAGUACGCCUGUCUACGACGGCGGGGGAGACGUCGGACUACAUUAACGCAUCGUACAUCACUGGCUACAGGCAGAGCAACGAGUUCAUCAUUACCCAGAAUCCUUUGCCGGACACCAUAAAGGACUUCUGGAGGAUGGUAUGGGACCACAACGCCCAGGUCAUUGUGUCACUGUUGGGGACGCCGUCAGGAGAGACGGAGGAGGUGGAGCCGUGCGUCAUUUGGCCUCGCAAGGGGCAGCCAAUCAGCUACGACAUGUUCACUGUCAGUCAGAGGAGUGAGAACCACGUCUGUCUGACCAACGAGGACAUGCUGGUGGUCCAGGACUAUGUUCUGGAGGCUACGCAGGAUGACUACGUCCUGGAGGUGAAACACUACUGCGCCCCCCGCUGGCCGAACCCGGACAGUCCCAUCAGCAACACCUUUGAGCUCCUGAACCUGGUGAAAGAGGAGACCGGCAGCAAGGACGGCCCGACUGUGGUCCACGAUGAUGUGGGAGGAGUCACCGCGGGAACGUUCUGCGCUCUGUCAUCUCUGACUCGCCAGCUGGAGGCCGAAGGUUCGGUCGACGUCUUCCAAGUGGCCAAACUGACAAACCUCAUGAGACCGGGAAUCUUCAGCGACAUCGAGCAGUAUCAGUUCCUGUACAAAGCCAUGCUGAGUCUCAUCGGGACGCAAGAAGACGAGAAAACCCUCCAGUCCUCCGACAACAACGGCACCAUCGUGGUGGGCGCCGCCAGCGCCGCCGAGAGCCUCGAAUCUCUGGUGUAACUGCCACAGAAACACAAAGAACUCCUGUUUAACUUUUACAAAUGAGCAGCAGCGUUUUGUCCUUCCUCCUCGACCGCCAACAGAACUCCUCCUGCCGCCAGACUCACGCUACGGCGACGAAGUAAAACCUGCAUCGUUCAGGACGAGGUAGUUUGAGGUCGGCACGUUUCGAACGGAUUUCUUCUUCGCUGGAUCCGGACUCCCUGCGGUUUUGUAAUGUGUGCCUUUUUGUAUUUUUCAUCCUGUUCUUCUAACUUUGAUACGAUCCGUAGACUAACUGUUGUAACGCUGUGCCGUCCUGAGACGUUUCACUCGACUAACAAACUGUUCCUAGACCUUUGUAUUUAUUGGCACUGAGCCAAACGGGAAAAAGGGAAAAACUGCAUCUUUUUACAUCAAAUGAGAUAUUUUGUUAGCUUGUCUUUUAUAGAGCUCCUGCACUCAACUCCUCUCUGUAAAUACCAUUGCAGCGGUAGCAGCAGCGUGCUGCUGAAGUCAAUAUAAAAUAAGGGCCUGGAAUAAUAAGAAUAAUAAUCUAAUGUAAAUAAUAUUAUAGUAAUCAACUCGAUGGACCAAAUUUCUAUUUAUACGUUUAGAUUUUUAUAUUUUACCAUUUUUAGUGCAUUCAAAUGUUUUGGUUUGAUUCUAAUUGCUUAGUGGCAGAACAUUAAUGCUUUUAUAUUCUGGAUUUUGUAACAGACUAAAUGUGAUGCAUGGGGUACUGACAUGUUUGUUUUUUAGCUGGAAACACUGCUGGAUUAUUAGC